AUGGAUAAUUACUGCCCGUGUGCGGUGACUGUGGGCCUGGGGCGGUGCAGGAGCAGUAUAAAAGUGGGCCCUUGUCCUCACUCUCUCAUCCGCUCCUCUCGCCUCCAUCUCCUUGGGAACAAGGUGAGUCACCUCCGUCCCGCAGCCAUGUCCUGCUACAGCUCGUGCCAGCCCUGCGGCCCGACCCCGCUGGCCAACAGCUGCAACGAGCCCUGUGUCAGGCAGUGCCAGGACUCCACCGUCGUCAUCCAGCCCUCCCCCGUGGUGGUCACCCUGCCCGGCCCCAUCCUCAGCUCCUUCCCGCAGAACACCGCCGUGGGCUCCUCCACCUCCGCCGCCGUUGGCAGCAUCCUCAGCAGCCAGGGAGUGCCCAUCUCCUCCGGGGGCUUUGGCCUCUCCGGCUUUGGCAGCGGCCUGUGCGGCAGGAGGAUCCUCCCCUGCUAA